AUGCACCCAAACCUGAGGCUAAGAAUACAUCGAAGUACUCACAGCACGGAUAGGCCGCACGCAUGCGAUUGGCCUGAAUGUGGGAAACGGUUUAAGGAUAAGACAACUCUGAGACGACACGUGUUCACACAUUCGGGCCCUAAAUUCACGUGCGAUCGGAAGGGCUGUCAGUUUAAGACUUCUCUCAAACAUACUCAGAGAAGAUUGAAAGCAAUGCAACGAAUGAUACAUAAAGUGAAAGAGUUCUCACAGAACCGGAAGCCCGAGUUUGUACUCAUCUCAGGGGUAGGGCUCGUAGUUACCGGUGCUUUCCUGGCCGUUGUGUUCCCUAUGCUGUUAGGCGUCGGCAAGAACUACCGAUUCCUUUGUUAA